CUGUUAGAUGCCUUGAAUUUCGAACAGCUCGAUACUCGUCACGCAACGAUCAAGACCGCCCAUGCUGCCACGUGCGAGUGGUUGUUGAGCAAAUUUGAGUAUAGGGACUGGCAAGACGAGGAAAAGCUUCUGGAUCAUCAUGGUUUCUUGUGGAUCAAAGGGAAGCCUGGGGCUGGUAAAUCGACAAUCAUGAAGUUUGCAUACACGAAAGCCAAGAAUGAUGCAAAAGGUCCAAUAGCCAUCUCCUAUUUCUUCAAUGCCAGGGGCGAGCAUUUGGAGAAGUCUACACGCGGGAUGUACCGCUCUCUCUUGUUUCAAUUGCUCAGCAAAGUUCCGAGACUCCAGACAGUUCUUGACACAACUGAAGCUUCUCGUUUGCAAGACAUCUCUCCCGACUCCUGGACCACUGAGAUCCUCCAGUCACUCUUCCGUCAAGCUAUUGAGAAACUCGAGGACCAACCUUUAACUUGUUUUGUUGAUGCGCUUGAUGAGUGUGAAAACAACGAGGAUCACGUGCGAGAAAUGGUCAAUUUUUUUGAGGAGCUGGGAGAGCGUGCAGUCGAGAACAACAUUCGACUACUCGUGUGCUUCUCCAGCCGACAUUAUCCGCAUGUCACAAUUGACAAAGGUGUCGAGCUGACUCUUGAAGUCCAACAAGGUCAUUCUGAUGAUAUCACAAAAUACGUGAAUUCGAAGCUCAAGGUCGAGCGCAAUAAACGCGUCGAACAGAUAAAGAUUGAUGUCCAGAAGAAGUCACAAGGCAUCUUCUUGUGGGUUGUACUUGUUAUCCCAAUACUUCAGAAAGCAUACGAUCAUGGCCAGGUGCACGCUCUCGGCAAAUGUCUGCAAGACACCCCCGAAGACCUCAAUGAAUUGUUCCGCGAUAUUCUGGGCAGGGACUCUCAAAACAUGGAGUAUCUGAUACUCUGCUUAAGAUGGAUCUUGUACGCGGAACGCCCCCUGAGUCCUGUGGAACUAUACUCUGCGAUAUUGUCUGCUUCAGAAACAGAUCCAGUGACAUCGCAGAACUCUGACGAUAUUGCACCAGGGGACAUCAGCAGAUUCAUCCUAAGCUCGUCCAAGGGACUUGCUGAACCAACCAGAAAUAAAACGCCGACUGUUCAAUUCAUUCACGAAUCUGUGCGAGAUUUUCUUCUGAAGGAAGAUGGAUUCACAAUGCUUCAACUGGAUCUGAACAGUACUUCAGCUGGGUCUAUACACGAGUCCCUAAAACAACACUGUCAGCGCUACUUCUCUAGCCUUCCGAUGGAGGACCUUGUCAACUCUUCUGACGUGACCGCGAGAAUGUUUCCAUUCCUGAAUUACUCAAUCCGCUAUGUUUUCAAGCAUGCCGAGCUUGCUGCUAGUCAUGGUACACCGCAAGCAAUCUUCUUGAGGGACUUCGCUCUCGAAGAGUGGAUCUUUCUGCACGACCAUAUCGAGAAAUUCAAGAUACGCCGUUAUGGGACUGGAACAAGCCUGCUGUAUAUUCUUGCGGAGAGAAAUCUCUUGCAUCUCUUUCGACUCGAAGUCUCUCAAAGCCAGUCAAUCAAUGCCAAAGGAGGGCGAUAUGAUUUCCCGAUCAUAGCAGCCGUAGCUGUAGGGAAUACGCAA